AUGAAAGGAACACAACUUCACCACCCUCUCAUUCACAUCCACCACAGCAACAACGACAAAAUGGUUCAUCACAAGGUCACUAUCAUCGGGUCAGGCCCAGCAGCACACACAGCCGCUAUCUACUUGGCCAGAGCAGAAAUCAAACCCACAUUAUACGAAGGUAUGAUGGCUAACGGGAUCGCAGCAGGGGGUCAGUUGACCACCACCACCGAGAUCGAGAACUUCCCUGGGUUCCCUGAUGCCUUGACUGGUUCUGAGCUUAUGGACAGAAUGAGAGCCCAAUCUGUCAAGUUCGGUACCGAUAUUAUCACUGAAACCAUCUCCAAAGUGGACUUGUCCUCGAAGCCAUUCAAGUUAUGGACUGAAUUUAACGAGGAUGAGGCUCCCGUCACCACAGAUGCCAUUGUGCUAGCCACUGGUGCUUCUGCCAAGAGAUUGCAUUUGCCUGGUGAAGAAACUUACUGGCAACAAGGGAUCUCAGCAUGUGCUGUCUGUGAUGGUGCCGUUCCCAUCUUUAGAAAUAAGCCAUUAGCCGUCAUUGGUGGUGGUGAUUCUGCAUGUGAAGAAGCUCAAUUCUUGACCAAAUAUGGUUCUAAAGUCUACAUGAUUGUGAGAAAGGACCAUUUACGUGCCUCCACUAUUAUGCAAAGACGUGCUGAAAAGAAUGCAAAAAUUGAAAUUCUCUUCAACACUGUCACUUUGGAAGCCAAGGGUGAUGGUAAGUUCUUGAAUGCCUUGAGAAUUAAGAACGUGAAGGACGAAAAGGAGAGUGAUCUUGCCGUCAAUGGGUUAUUCUACGCUGUGGGCCACACCCCAGCCACCAAGAUCGUGGAAGGACAAGUCGACACUGACAGUGCUGGCUACAUCAAGACUGUUCCAGGUUCUUCCUUGACAUCUGUACCAGGGUUCUUUGCCGCUGGUGAUGUCCAAGACUCCAGAUACAGACAAGCUAUCACUUCUGCCGGGUCCGGUUGUAUGGCCGCCUUGGAUGCUGAAAGAUACUUGACUGAAUUAGAGUAG